AUGGCGGGCUUGUUCAAAGCCAUGCUGGCGGUGCUGGCCCUGUGCUGCGGAGGUGAGAUGAACAGAGAUGACGAUGGACAAUGGUUUGUGCAAUGCCGGGUGUAUUGCAUCUUACUCACUGUCCCUUUUUUUUGUGCUAGCUACUUCGUGAGUUAUCAAUUCGUUGCAUUGAAUUUGAAUUUUGACGUCCUUGCAAUCUUUUCUGGUGUGUGUAUGGGUAUGGCUGCGGUUUCAAGACGUUUGUGCAGUAAAGCCGGUAAGAUUGAAUGGAUGAUGCAAAGUUGGAGCCGGAUUUUCCACAUCGUGAACUUGGUGAGGAAAACUGUGUGUGGGAGAAAAGUGUGGUGGCCUCUCUUGAAGAUUAUGGUGAUUUUUACAGGUUGUGCUUGUUUUUGCUGGCUUGAGUCACCGUGGAGCUUCAAGUUCUAUCAGCGCUUCGUGGCUAUGUGGUCCACUGCUUGGAUGCAUUUGUGGGACCUUUGGGGCUCCUUUGCUGCUUUUGUAUUCUUCCACGUCAAAGCCAUGAUUUUGCAGACUCAUGCUUCGUGUGUUUCUGGACACACCGUGGAUGGUUUUCAGGCAACUCCUGGAUUCAAAAUACCGGUGAAUUGCGUUGCGCAGAUGGUUGACACGGAUUUCAAACCAACUUGGAAUCAUGGUUUGCUGUCAGCUGUGGCGAUGAUGUCUUAUUAUUUCGUGACCCUUUGGCAAUUUUGCUCCACUAGGCCUCAGAUUGCUGAGGUUGUCUCUGCAGUGUCACAGUGGUGCCAGCAGUUUCAAUUCACAGGUCGUAGAAACAGUCCAGAGACACCGGAACAGAAACUGCUGCAAGGUUUGCAGAUUUUGUUGAAAGAUACUUUGCAGGCCUCUAGCUCCGGAGCCUCAAACAAAAAAGGCAAGGGUAAGGGCUCCGGCAAAAGUAGUGGUAAAAGCCUACCUUCCAAACAGAGAGAUGCGAACCAUGAUGGCAGCUAUGGGCUGAUUCAAGCCUUGCAAAAGCUAACUGCCCGAGCCGCAAAGAAACCACAAGGGUUGCCCCAAAGGUUGAAAACAUUGGUUCAAGUUACUGAACGUGGUAUGUUGCGACCAAACAAGAGAAAGAAAGAUCUGCCGCCGCAUGAGGCGGUCCCGCCAGUGAAACCAAGCACACGAUUCAAAAGUUCAGAAAAUUUGGUAGAUGGUGCUCCUAAGCCAAAAACACGAUGGCAACGCGACAGAUCCUGGAAAGCCCGUGCCCAGGACUGGGGCGUCAAAACUGUUUUGCGUGGCCCCACAGCUCUGUGCAACGCUCUUGACAGUGGGGACACCGGUGCUCUCCUGUGUCAAGUACAAAAUCUGGAUGAUUGGAAUGAAGCCCUCCAAAUUUCUCAUGCUGCUGGUCGCACCAAUGUCACGGUUGUUCUUGAAGCUGCACCUAACAUGUCUCCAGAACUUGGCAAAUUGAGAUAUCAUGGUUGGACAGCCUUGAACACACGUGCAGCUGGUUAUGCCGAUGAUAAAUUGGUCCAGCGCUUGGUUUGGAUUGCGCGGUGCUCGCCAAAUGCACCCACAUUGGUUCCAGGAUCCGUGCUGACAGGCGCCAGGCGGCCUGUUGUCCAGAAACACGGCCAUGAAGCUGAAAACCUGGUUCGAGGAUUUGCUCGCGUCAAAGGCAAAGACAGGGCCCUGCAGUUGAUUAAAGCGAGCGGCUCAGAACACAAAGGUCAGGUUUGGUUUCUUGAUCCUGCCAGAUGGGAUGGCCUCGCAGAAACACCUCCACGCAUGCUUUGGGUGGACAAACUGGAAAAUGAACAACAAAUUGCAUUUGCUCGUCGCGUAGCUCAUGAUUCGGGUCCUUUUGGCAUGGCUAGGGGUCGUGUACAGCUGGCUCUCAGGGUCAAACCAGACGAUGAGCGGCUCAAACCCACUUCUAGUGUUUGGCGGGUUGAGACAGUGCCGUUUGGUUGGGAUUUUGAAAAUGUGGAAGAAACUCUGGUUGAAGCAGGUUUCUCUGAAAUUGAUAUUUUAGCAAAGCAACGCCGUCGUGGUGGCACUGCUUGGGUUUUCAAAGGCAUGAGAAAUGAUGACCGUGAUCAAAUGCAAAUCCAUUAUGAUGCGGACGAGACGUGCAAUGAGCCACCAUUAGAUCUGUUUUUAGUUAAGCAGUCCAAACGACGUGCGCCAGGAAAUGUCCAGCCGUUGAAAGCAGAAAAUGAUGUGCUCUUUUCACUAGAUGCAUUUCACAAAAAAGGUAAGGGUAAAGGCAAAGGAAAAGGCAAGUACAAAUCCAAGCUUGAAGUGCCUGACUUUGCAACCACGCUUGCCUUACCGAAAAGUAGUCCACCUCCAUUACCCUCCAAGGAUGAUCGCGGUAACGAAGCUAUGGAUGUCAGUCUGAUUAGCGUCCCAGAUGCAAGUGAUGUUGAGGAUGAGCCCAUGCAUGUCCAGGGCACCAAAUGCAAAGACCAGGCCAUGUUGACCAGCCCGCAAAAAACUGGUCAUGACAAAAAGAGGAUGAAAGUGCCCGAGAGGCUUCAAAAAGUUCCGAACCCUGGGGAAGGGAAUUGCUUGUUUUACUGUCUAGCUCAGGCGGAGUCUACCCCAGGUAAGUCCCGCAGCCACAGGCAGGUGCGUGCAUUUGUUGUUGCCUACAUGACCAAACACUUCAAGAAAUACGAGGAUUUCUGGGACGGUUUAAGCCCGAGCAACAUUCCCAUGGAGGGUGGGUUUGACGAUUAUUUACAAGCCCUUGAAAAAGAUAAAGCUUGGGCGGGAUAUUGUGAAAUCGAAGCAUAUGGCGAAGCCAUGCGCCGACCUGUACUUGUUGUGCAUGCCAAGGACAAUGUUGUCCAUGCUUUUAAUAGUCAUGGCGAUAAGGAUGUUGUCUGUCUCUGGUACAAGGAUGAACAUUAUGAGCUUAUUGUUCCUUCAGACGCAGAUAUUCAGGCCCUGUGGCAGAAUGCUGAAGACGGUGGCACCAAGGGUUACCGCGGGGCCGCAAAGAAGGCACGCUUGGCUGCCGACAAUGCCCCAAAAGGGGCCACCAGAGGCGACUCCAUUCUUCGCCUUUGCAAGAGAGCAAGCGUGUCAUCUGAUGUACCUCACAGAAGCAUUUUGCCUUGGAAGCUGAAGCAUCGCCAGAUGUAUGUGCAACUCAACAAGUUUGCCAAGGAGCAAGGUCCUUGUGGCGGGCGGACUGCUCGUGCCGAGUGGUUAGCCAUGCCUGGUCGCCAAAAAUGCUGGCGUCAGGCUCCCAAAGAGCGCCAAGAGGCGCUGCACAAGGUGGUCUUUUGGUUGCAUUGCGAGAGCAUCUCAGAGGAGGAUCCCGACCAAGAUUGGGAAUAUUUUCACCAGUUUGCUGAAAAGAGCAUGCGUGAAGCAUUGCACUUGUGUGGCCAGCCCGUGCCUAGGCCGCUCUCAGAGCCUCGGGGUCUGCAGCCGGAUGUGACGGUGGUCCGGCAGCGAAGUUUGCCAUUUCCCGCUUGUGAUGCCUUUGCACCUCUGGCUCUUAUCAUGUUGCUCAUUAGGAUGCCACGACCUGGAGGCUGGCAGAGUUUCAUUUGCGCACGCAUGCGAGAGCUGAACUGGGAAUUUCGCGGUCCAUGGAUGUUUGCACAUGAGGAUUUGGGUCAUGUCGAUUUAUCCAAUCCAGAUGAAGCUGUUGUGAAACUCACCGAGCACAAGGUGAGAGAAAGUUGGCGCCGAGUGCAAUUUGCCCUUUGGAAAAAGCAGAACCGCCGUGAUAGGCAUUAUUUGCUUGAUGUGCCGUAUGAGGAAAGUCGUGUUUCCGAUGCCCGCAAGUUGUUCUCUCUCACGUGUGAUAGUCAUCAGAGGGCCGUAAUGCUUGGUUCUGCGCAUUCCACGGCAUGUUAUGAUAAGAUGCGUGGACACGAAGUGAGGGAACAAUGUCCCUUUUGCGGUGAGCAAAUCCCACCUGUCUGGGAACAUCUCUCCUGGCAUUGCUCCGCCGAACAGUUGUCUUCCGGCCGCCCUGAGGUCCCUGAAGAUGAAUUGCAAAAUCGUCUUGCUUGGCCCACACGUGGGUGUGAUGCCUAUGAUAGAGCGGUUCUUCACCACAUGGCCCGGGUCAGGGCCACUGUGCGUGAAAACAUGAAUUGA